AUGGCCAAGAAGUGUGGCCUAGCAGACCUGGCGGCAGUGCUGUACGUAACCGUAUUCUCGUCCACACUGUGCUGCAUCUCCGACGUGGCCUUCCUCUGCUCCCAGUGCACCGGAAACCAUGUCUGCGUCAGGGCCUUUCUUCUCUGGAACGCAUUCGACAUCGUCGUCACCUUCGUGUGUGACAUCGCACUAUACUAUCUGGUUCAGUCCGUAGCCAACGAGGGCUACAGGGCCUUGCAAAGCACCGCAGCGACCGCAAGAGAAGACACAACGUCAACGUUGGAUUACAUGCAAGAGAACAUGAUGGAGAGAUAUCCUGUAGGACGUGACCACUUUGAUUCGGAUUACGAGACCACGACUGAACGCAUCACUACAAGAGAAUCGUACCCCCGUAAGGUCGUGGCCUUUACAGAGAAAAUCCACUCGAAGCCGUCACUUCCUCAAAUUCUUCUAGUGGCGAUAUUUAAGGUAAGUAGCCGAAUUGCAUAUGAUAAUUUAACCACAAAAGAAACACAAUCUGGAGGGAGUCUUUAAUUUGGGCGUUGAAGCGAUGCCGGAGAGACACUCGCAAUGGUAACACGUUAAGCACGUACGUUAACUGGAUUUUAGGCAUAAAUUACGUUGAAAUGGUUUGAGAAAGGAGUUCCACAGCGUAGCCAGACUUACAAACAGUUUCGUGGUUAACAGGAGCCGGCC